GACAACCUCAAUCUCCUGUUGACAAAGGAGGAGAUGUACAGCCUGAUGAAGACUUUGCGGCAGUGCAAGAUCAUUCCAGAUACCUGCCUGACGCUGGAUGACUUCCUGCACUACAAGCACCUGGUGCACAAGCAGCAGUUUGAGCGGCCCAUGGGGAAGGCACAGGAGGAGCGGGCCACCCUGCAGUUCUCUGCCCUGGACCCCAGCAAGAAGGGGCAAAUCGAGUGGCCAGAUUUCCUCUCCCACGAGUCUAUCCAGCUGCUGCAGAAACUCCGGCCGCAGAACUCCCUGCUGCGGCUGCUGACGGCCAAGGAGCGUGAGCGGGCACGCGUGGCCUUCCUGGUGCUGGACCAGCACAGCGAUGGCUUCAUUGGGGAGAACGAGUGCCACAAGGCCCGGCAUGCCUGGUUCCGCAAACACCAGAAGGAGACGCUGUCCUGCAACGUCAGCAUCAGCCAUGUCGGGCCUAUGUCAGAGAGCAGCCCCGCCAGCAGCGGCAGCAGCAAGAGCCAGGAGAAGACCCUGCUGGCCGUGGAGCAGGAGGAAGCCAGGUGUGUCGACUGGCCCAGCUUCCUGCAGGAGAAUGUCGCCUACAUCCUGGCGUUGGGAAGGAUUUGUGAAAGCAACACAAUUGAUGCUCAGGAU